AUGGCUUCAUUCGGAAAGAGCAUUGUGCCUGAAGCUGAUCUUAAAUCAUUCACUGAAUAUUUGGUAGGCUGCAAACGCAUCGUUGCUCUUCUUGGUGCUGGAAUCUCCGCGGCAUCAGGAUUACCCACGUUCCGUGGUGCAGGCGGACUCUGGCGUGCUCACGACGCAACCUCGCUCGCGACUCAAGAAGCUUUCGAUGAGAGUCCCGGUCUCGUCUGGCAGUUCUACAGCUAUCGGCGACACAUGGCCUUACAGGCUGACCCCAACAAAGCACACCACGCCUUGGCAGAGCUGGCGCGGAGGAAUGCCGACUUCAUCACAUUGAGCCAGAAUGUUGACGGCCUCUCUCAGCGAGCGAACCAUCCCGCGAAACAACUGCAUCUUCUUCAUGGCACUCUGUUCACCGUCAAAUGCACCAAUUUCUAUUGCAACUACAGCGAAGAAAAUUACACAGAUCCCAUUGUUCCUGCCCUCGAGAUCCCAAAAAAGAGCUCAGGCCUUAACCCUUCUGCGACGGACAAGACUGGCGAGGAGGCAUCAAAAGCGCUUGCAGAGGCGCUGAGCGGCACGACCAACGAGGUCGACAUCUCUGAUGUGAGCAACCCCAUUUUCAUAGUGGACAAAAAGGACCUACCCCAAUGUCCGGAAUGCAAGGAUGGCUUGCUCCGACCGGGGGUUGUAUGGUUCGGAGAAGCUCUACCAGAGAGAACACUCAAAGUUGUUGAUAAGUGGAUCGCGGCGGGUCCAAUUGACUUGUGUUUGGUCAUUGGCACCAGCGCGCGCAUCUGGCCAGCUGCGGGGUAUGUCCACGAGGCUCGCUCGCAGGGCGCCCGAGUUGCAGUGUGCAAUAUGGACCCUAAGGAUACACCGGGUGAGCUUCAUUACGGUGACUGGUUCUUCCAGGGAGAUGCGGGGGUUAUUAUCCCUGAGAUACUCAAGAGCGUUAUUGGCGAGAUUUGA